AUGGCAAGAAAUAGGGUGAAUGUUGGACCUCAUAGGCCAAAUUACACAUCACCAUUGUCUGAGUAUAUUCUACAAUCAGCAUUUCCCCCCAGGUGGAAAGUCCCCAAGUUUACUAAGUUUUCUAGAGACACUAAUGAGUCUAUUGUCGAACACAUGGCUAGGUACCUAAUAGAAGAGGGGGAAAUAGCUAAUAACGAGAACCUAAGGAUAAAAUACUUCCCAAGUUACCUUACCAAAAAUGCCUUUACGUGGUUCACCAUGUUGCCAGCGAAUUUGAUCCAUGAUUGGACUCGACUAGAAAGCUUGUUCCAUGAACAAUUCUACAUGGGACAGUUGAAGAUUAGUUUGAAGGAAUUGGCCAUUGUCAAACGAAAAUUCUUUGAGCCAAUAGAUAAUUAUUUGAAUAGAUUCCAUUUGCUUAAGGCCAGAUGUUUUACACAAGUGCCUAAGCAUGAAAUGGUCGAAAUGGCCGCAGGUGGCCUUGAUUAUUCCAUUAGGAAGAAACUAAAUACCCAAUAUCUAAGGGACAUGACCCAGUUGGCUGACAGGGUUCGACAAGUAGAGUUCCUGAAGGCUGAAAAAUAUAGGGCAAAUAAGAAUAACAGGAUGGAAAGGGUAGCCUACGUUAAAUUGGAUGAAGAUAAUCCAGAAACGUGUAGUGAUCCCCUAAAUCUCGACGAAAGAAAAGUGGACCUCGCUGAAUUGAAGCAAGGACCACCUUACUCUUGCAGAGUCCUAGCGCCUUCGAAUGGGAAAAACCCAGUCGAACCAAAAAAGAGUGAUUCUUUCCCUAAGAAGACAUACACCUUCAACGUCACCAAGUGUGACGAGAUUUUCGAUUUAUUAGUUAUUGAUGGCCAAAUGAUAGUGCCUCCUGGUGCUUAA